AUGGGGCCACUGGUUGUGUGCGUGAAGUCCAGUUCCCAUGUAUUCCAGACAUACGCCGGCGGUAUACUCGACAGCCAUGACUGCAAUACUACCAGCGCUUUGGAACACAGCCUUCUUCUGGUGGGAGAGGGUGUCGCCAAUGGGACCGACUAUUGGUUGGCUAGAAAUAGUUAUGGCAAGAGUUGGGGUGAAAAUGGUUACAUACGACUGGCUAAAGAUAAUAUACAACACAAACUAAAUGAUGGUAAUACGAUACCGGCGCUGGGCUACGGGACCUGGCAAUUAGUACCGGACAGGAAGACCACGAAUGGGAUCGGUAGUCAAGCGAAUGCUAUAAAGGCCAUCAAAGAGGCCGUUAUGGUUGGGUACCGACACAUCGACAGCGCCUACAUGUAUGACACGGAGAAAGUUAUCGGCGCUGCACCGAAAUAG